CUGGGCGAAACGUCACGAAACGGUUGGAAUAUACAGCUGUCACUGUGGACUCUAUCACGGUUUGAUGUUUUCAAUAUUUCUUUGUUCCACAAGACAAUGAAAAGCGAAUACCGAGUCUAAUAAUAACCAGGCUGAUAUGAAGGUACCAAUUACCAUCUACCGAUUGUUCUAUCUUCUAUGGUACCGGAAAUAAUGUCAAUAAAUUAAGCAUUCAAGCACUAAAUGUCUACACAAAACGCCGUCUCAAGAGGAAUACCACAGUGUUACAGCGUUCUUAUAUCAACGACUGCAUGCUCUUCAACGCCGGAAAACGAAGAAGAACCAAAGGACAAUGAUUGUGAGCAGUUUCAGCCUGCGUUAAUUAAAUCUGAAUCCCUAAACAAUGGACAGAUUACCUCACCAAAAAACAGGUAUCAGCUGCUCACUGAGUCCAAGAAAUCUCCUCCCCUACAAUGGCGCCCGACACUCCAAAGAGCCGAAACAAUAGACUCCACUCCAAAAAGCUCAUUAUCUGAGCUUCACUCACAGAAACGGAAUUAUGCUGAAAAUUAUCCGCGGCACCAGAAUGGUUCGACUCGAAUGCGGGCUAACAGCAUUUCAACUGGAAGAAUCAGGUAUUCCGAUCACAAACCUCACCGAUCCCUUCCAGAGCAAAGCUUGUGUAGUCGAGUCAGUCCCCCCGUGCAAACCAAAAAUGUAGCAACGAGUACCUCUCCACCUCCCUAUGACCCAAAUGGCCCAAUAUCCGAGUUGGAUACUACACUAAGGAACUCUUUUAAUUCACCAUUUUUUCACCCUCAGAGCCCCCCGGUAAGUCCCUUGCCUAACUCUUCCCGAUACCAUAUCCACUCUAAAGGAACGCAAUGGACCCCAUUCCAAGUGUCUGCAAUGACAAGGACCAGUCCAAUACACAUGCAGCAGAAGUGUCUCAGGUCACCAAGAAGUCCUGUGGCAGCUUCUCUGAUAAGAUCUCAGUCAGUCGCAAUUCCAAGGAGUCCUUCACCACAGUCGCUACUGAGAGUUUUAUCUCAGGACUCCCAAAAUAAACAAAGCCAACAGCAACCACAUGUUCAUCACCACCACCAUCACCAUCACCAUCACCAUUAUCAGCAACACUUUCUCCAGCAACCACAACAGCAGCAGCAGCAGCAACAACAAUCCCACCAACUCCAAAAUCCACCACCUCCACCUCUACCACAAACACAAUAUCAACAACAACAGCACCAACAGCUUUACCAACAGCCACAACAGCAAAUUCAACAACUCCAACAUUAUCAUCACCCACAACAAUUACAACUACAGCAACAACAGCAAAUUCAACACCAACAACAACACCACCAACAACAACAUCAACAACAACUACAACAGCCACCACAACAAUUACAACAACUUCCACCACAUAAAAUUAGAACUAUACAGCAAGAAAACAGUCCUGUCUUUACUUUUCAACAAAAUACAAUUAUUUCAUCACCAAAUUCCUCUUCCAGGCACCAAUGGAAUCAAGUAUCACUUGUACGAUCUCAGACAAUAUCAACAUCAAGAAGUCCACUGAAUUUGCCAGCCUGGAACCUCGUUCCAGAAUACGCACGUCCAAAACCCUUUCCAGCAGCUCGGAUAGGUACGCAACGCAUUCUGUCAACAAACCAACCUCUGCCUAACGCCGGUCCUCAAAACAUAUGUCCAGAAAAUUGUAAACUUCCGGUUGUUCGGCACUCACUGUCAGUGCAGAGUACACCGUUGAACGCUACACGCCUAAUUCAUACUGCAUCUACGCCAUGUGCUACUGCCUUCUCGGAUAGCACCAUGAACUUUGCUGCCAACCAAAAGUGGCGCAUCAAACACAUAUCCUAUCCUUCUCCUGACUAUAGUAUGCUGCAUAAGAAAAAUCUGGAAAAUGGAUCUUUAGUUGAUCAAGCCGACAAUGUCAGUGAUGUCAGUGAUGACGUUAACAGUAGUAGCAGUGAUGCAUCUAUAUGUCGUAUUUGCCAUGAAGGAGAGAGCACAGCCAAACUUAUUUCGCCUUGUUAUUGUACUGGAUCAAUGGGGAAGCUACAUGUAACAUGUUUGGAACGAUGGUUAGGAUCUUCUUAUAUGAACAGGUGUGAAAUUUGUGGUUACGAAUACAUUGUGUUACGGCAGCCAAAGCCGUUCAUUGAGUUUUUAAAAAACCCAGGUACGCAAAAUGAAAAGCGUCACUUGAUGUGUGACAUUCUGUGCUUCUUCAUGCUGACACCAUUGGCUGGUGUGAGCAUCUGGCUAUGUCUGGUGGGCGCCGAAUUCUUUUUGCAGUGGGACAUCCGUUGGGAAGUACCCGGCCUGGCCUGCCUCGCUGUCUUUCUGCUCAUCAUCUACAUCGUCUGGUGCACGGUUGCAUUUCGGUAUCAGUAUCGGAUUUGGACAGAAUGGAAAUGCCGUAACCAGACUGUGCAAAUAAAAAGUGUCUCUGAAGAAAAAAGGAACCUCCCGGAAAUCAUUGCCAACCGCAACAGUAACCCUCUUCCUCCUAGUGAUAUACCAGCCAGCCUGAACACAAGCCUGCCUCUCUGGUGUACACUGAGCAGCCAGACAGUCCUGCCCCACGGUCGACAGACAGAGCGAAUCCCGUCGCCGCCGGAUGUUUUGCCUGUGCCUCCACCGCCGUCGCCUCCGUCGCCACCUCCCCAGCCUCCGUCGCCACCGCCGCCGCCCCAACCGCCGACUAUGCCUCCUACUUCCUUGCCACCGGCGAGCACGGCAGCUACGACGACCACCGUGAUAAACAUUCCCAGCCGACACAUGUCACCGUCCCCCAAAAUGAGGGACUUCGAACGCAGCCAACAAUGGAGGCUGUCGCCUCCACAAUGUGGCACGGAACCGAACGACUCUUCCCCAUCCCGCAGAAUGUCACCUCAGUGUGGCGUUGAGCCCUAUGACGCGACUCCACACUGGAGGCUAUCGCCGCAGUGUGGUGGUGGUGGUGGAUCUGAUCCCAAAGAACAAACGCCACCAUACUGGAGGUUAUCACCUCAGUGCAGAGCGGAGCCAAAAGACUCAGCGGCACAGAAUAAUUAUGAACUGAGACUUUGGCAGCAAAAUCCAGAACGAACUUGCCUUGACCCGACAGCACAGAAAGAAAAUAUAAUAAAUAAUCAAGCUAUGUGACAUUGAUAAUAUUUGGCAAUCCAACAUAUAAAAAUAUAACCAUGUGCGUGUGUGUGGGUGUGCAUAUAUAUAUAUGUGCAUGUGUGUGUGUGUCUAUAUAUAUAUAUAUAUAUAUAUAUGCAUGUAUGCAUGUAUAUACAUACACAUGUAUGUAUGUG